AUGGCGCGGAAGUGCGUGGACGGAAGUGCGUCCUGAAAGAAUGAUCUGAACAAAAGAACACCGGGCUAUUUUUUCCAGAAAGAGAAGACGAGGAGAGGGGUUCGCAAAGCGCAAGCCUCAGAGGCACAGAAAGAAGCCAGAAUACCUAACAGGCAAAAAGAUUGCAAUUUCGAACUUGGUGACAAAAAAUCCUAAACUCGAAAAAAUGCGUUUUCUUUCUGCGCUGAAGUGAGUUUUCAGAAUUCGCUAAACUUGCGUGUGCUUGUUGGAGUAAUUCUCGUGUAGUUCGAUGUAUGUACGCAAACACCGGUACGCAAAACUGCAGACGCAUUGGCGUCGCGCAUGUUUGUGUUUGUCCAUUUUCAGUUUUGCUUUUCCUAAAUUCUUGGCGGUAAAUUGUCUAAGACCGCGAAAAUUUGGAUGUUUUGUUGAUUAUGUGUUCCUGAAUUCCUAAAUGUUGGAUCCAGUCGUGCAUAGUACGCUCCUGAAUCCAUCUUGUCACAUGACUCUUGUUUAUCAUCAUCCUAACUGUGCUGAUCUUUCCGUCUUCGACCCUUUUGUUAGUUUUCACUUUAUUCGCACACGUUUUUCUUGUCUGGUAAGUACGUAUAAGUUCUAUUUUUUCCCGUUUCCACCAGUUCUCGGCGUAUUGAAUUUUAACGUAUUCUGAAUAAUUCCAGGAUGCUCAACGUUUCGAGAGCUGCUACCCGCUUCUCGCAAGUUGUCGUUCGCACCGUGACUGGUGGACACGGAGACGGAGCCGGACGCGGAGGAGGCACCGGCGGAUCGAUCCGCGAUGCUGGUGGCGCUUUCGGAAAGAUGGAGGCUGCUCGCGAAGAUGAGUACUUCUACAAGAAGCAGAAGGCUCAAUUGCAAGAACUUCGCCAGCACAUCGAACAGGAGGUCGAGCACCACAAGGUCCAACUUGAGAACCACAAGAAGGUUGGGAAAAUACAUUUUGAAAAAGUAAGGAAACCUUAAUUUUGCAGGUUCUUGAUCGCCACCAACAACGCAUUUCUGAGAUCGAGGCCGCAGAGCGUGCCCUGGGAAAGGAAUAA